AUGUCUCAACAAUUGAACUUCUUGAGCAAUGCACGGAUCCCAAAUAUUGAUUUCUUCACUACUCCGGCCAAUGUCCACAUUCAUCCUGUUCGGAAAGGUAGCACACGUGUGAAGCGCUUGGAGAAUGGCAGGAUACGAGCAGGACAUCAAAACACUCAGACUGGAGAGGUCACUAAGCUCUUGCCAAAUGAUGGUGCAUGGUAUGCCAUUCACAAAAUGAAGAAGCUCAUACUGGCUCGGUGGGAUGUCAUCCAUCGAUCUAUCCGUGAUGUGAAACUGGCGCUGUUGCACGGUUCUUCAGGUGAGUAUCUGCAAAUGCAAUUUCAUAGUCAGUACCUCUUCAGCGUUGCGUACAGACCUUUUGGUUCCUCUGGCUUUUUCGAGGAAAAAAAGCGGCUCUUAGAACUCAUGAUGGCAAGGGAAACUUGGUCCAGUGUUCCUGAGUUCAUGGACUCCUGGGAGCAGAUCAAAGAUGAACUUGGUCUUGAGUCUGCGGAGCAUCCAUCUGAUGUUUGGAAUGCGCUCCCUUCAAUGAGUGGGUUUUGCAAUAAGCAGUCGCUACCAAAAUUAUCCAGAUGGUUUUCGUGGAAUGCCUCUGCAGAGGAGAAACUGCCUGAAUGGACAGCGAUGAAAGUGAUCCUGUCAUAUCACUUUCGGAGUCAGAACUUGGAUCCAGAUGAGGCAUAUCACAAACGCCAGCUGGAGCAAAUGGCCAAGGACUCCACUGAACAAACUUCGAUGCGCAAGGAAUUUCUCUAG